GAUAGUCCCUUACUUGGAGACUCAACUCUUCGCUGUUUCCUGGCAGGCAAGAAAUAUUAGGAAUGUCGGACCCCAGUGCAUUAUCACCUGAGGGUACAGGUUAGGGAUCAGGGCUGAGGUGGGAAGAUGGCACCAAAAACUGCCCUCCCUUCUAUAGGUCCUGCUAGACAGCCACCAUGGCCUCUCAGUUUCUCAGGCUGGAAGAAGAGUCUGGCCCAGACCCUGGGGAGCCUGAACUGGCCGUGAACCCCUUUGAUGGGCUUCCCUUCUCUUCCCACUACUACAAGCUGCUUGAGCAGCGCCGAUCCUUGCCUAUCUGGGCUGCUCGCUUUAUCUUCUUGGAGCACUUGGAGAGUAGCCCCAGUGGAGUGGUGCUGGUGUCUGGAGUGCCUGGCUCUGGCAAGAGCACCCAGAUCCCACAGUGGUGUGCAGAGUUUGUGCUGGCCAAGGGUUUCCAGAAGGGCCGGGUAACUGUGACUCAGCCCUACCCUCUGGCAGCCCUGAGCUUGGCCCUGCGAGUUGCUGAUGAAAUGGACCUGACCCUGGGUCAUGAGGUUGGAUACAGCAUCCCCCAAGAAGACUGCACUGGGCCUGACACCCUGCUCAGGUUCUGCUGGGACAGGCUGCUUCUGCAGGAGUUGGCCUCAACCAAGGGCACUGGAGCGUGGGGUGUGCUGGUGCUGGAUGAGGCUCAGGAGCGGUCAGUGGCCUCAGAUUUGCUCCAGGGGCUCCUGCGAGAUGCCAGGCUGGGAAACCUUCCAGGGGACCCCAGAGUGGUUGUGGUUACUGACCCAGCCCUUGCACCUAAACUCCAAGCCUUCUGGGGCAAUCCUCCUAUUGUGCAUGUACCCAGAGAGACUGGCAGGUGUCCCACUCCCAUCUACAGGGACACUGUCCCUACUGAUAGAGUGGAAGCUGCCUGCCAAGCUGUGCUUGAAUUGUGUCAGAAGGAGGCUCCAGGAGAUGUGCUAGUGUACCUGCCCAGUGAGGAGGAAAUUUCCCUGUGCUGUGAGUCCUUGUCCAGAGAGGUGGGGUCCUUGGAGAACCAAGGGUCUCCACCACGGAUACUGCCCCUUCACCCAGACCUCGGACAAACUGUUCAGGCUGUGUACGAGGACACAGAAUCGAGUUCCCGAAAGGUUGUGGUCACUCACUGGCUGGCCGACUUCUCCUUCUCCCUCCCUUCCAUCCGACAUGUCAUUGACUCGGGACUGGAGCUUCGAAGUAUCCGAGCAGAAUCCCAAGUGUUGAGACCAAUCAGCAAGUGUCAGGCAGAAGCAAGACGACUGCGGGCAACAGGGAUCCCACCAGGAUCCUGUGUCUGCCUGUAUCCUAAGCCCUUCCUAGAACUAGAGGCUCCCCCGCUGCCCCAACCCAGGGUGUGUGAGGAGAAUCUGAGCCCCCUGAUAUUAAUGCUGAAGAGGAGACAGAUUGCAGAGCCAGGGGAGUGUCACUUCCUGGACCGGCCUGCUCCAGAAGCGCUGAUGCAGGCCCUGGAAGACUUAGACUAUCUGGCAGCCCUGGAUGAUGAUGGGGACCUGUCAGACCUGGGAGUUGUCCUAUCCGAGUUUCCCCUGGCCCCUGAGCUGGCCAAAGCCCUGCUGGCCUCGUGCGAGUAUGACUGUGUGGAUGAGAUGCUCACCCUGGCCGCCAUGCUCACUGCUGCCCCUGGGUUUACUCGUCCUCCACUCUGUGCAGAAGAAGCUGCCCUGCGUCGGGCACUAGAACAUGUGGAUGGUGAUCACAGCUCUUUGAUCCAGGUGUAUGAAGCCUUUGUACAGAGUGGAGCAGACAAGGCUUGGUGCCAAGCUCGGGGUCUAAACUGGGCAGCAUUGUGCCAAGCCCAUAAACUUCGGGGAGAACUCCUAGAACUCAUGCAACAGAUUGAACUUCCCUUGUCUCAACCAGCCUUUGGCUCUGAGCAGAAUCGCAGAGACCUUCAAAAAGCACUGGUGUCAGGAUACUUCCUUAAGGUGGCCCGAGACACAGACGGAACUGGAAAUUACCUGCUCCUAACCCAUAAGCAUGUGGCCCAGCUGUCCCCAUACUGCUGCUACCGAAGCCGCAGGGCUCCUGCCAGACCCCCGCCAUGGGUGCUUUACCACAAUUUCUCCAUUUCCAAAGACAACUGCCUUUCCAUUGUUUCUGAGAUUCAACCACAGAUGCUGGUGGAAUUGGCCCCUCCAUACUUCCUAAGUAACUUACCCCCUAGUGAGAGCAGAGACCUCCUGAAUCAGCUGAGGGAAGAAAUGGCAGAUUCUUCAACAAGGAGUAAAUCUUCCUCCACCCAAAAGCUUGGAGAUGCCUGUGCCCUUCAAUGACCUGCCUGCGGAGUGAAGCGGAGCUCAUCUCUUCACAUUAGAUCUUCCCUCAGGCUAGCACCUAGGCAGCCAGCCAGAUUUAGAAGCCCAAAGUUAAGGGUCAAAUGUAAAUACUGGAACCUGAGUCCUAAGAAAUGGUGGGCUGGGAGUGGAGUGAAUUGGGUAAGCCACAGUCUAAACAGGGUAGGACCCUUUCCUUAGCUUUUUUUCUAUUUAUUGGAGAGGAACUGACAUGCCCUGCAUACCCCCAACUUACGCCAAACCUAUCCAUGUGCUUCCUU